UUUAUACAGAAAAACUGAUGGUAUUAUUACGAGAUGGAAGAACAUUGAUUGGAUACUUGCGAAGUGUCGAUCAAUUUGCAAAUCUCGUUUUACAUCGAACUAUUGAAAGAAUUCACGUCGGCAAAGAAUACGGAGACAUUCCUCGUGGAGUAUUUAUUGUCCGUGGAGAAAAUGUUGUGCUUUUAGGCGAAAUCGACAGGGAUAAAGAAAGAGUUUUGCCACUGUCUGAAGUAUCUGUUGACGACAUUUUGGAUGCACAGAGAAAAGAACAAGAUUUAAAACAAGAUCAAGAACGUUUAAUGAAUAAAGCGUUGAAGGAGAGAGGUUUAUCAUACAUACCUGACCUAGGUCAUGACGAUAUGUUUUAA